AUGGAUGCAGACUGGGCCGAGGUUUCCCAGACACCUCUCCCUCCGCCGGGGCUUAGAGCACACCACACACCGGUAACGACACUCGCUUUCGAUACGAGCCAGGAAUUACUCUGGGCGGGCAACGAGUAUGGCAGGGUGACUUCAUUCUACGGGACGAGUAUUCUCAACCAAUAUACUUCGUUCAAGGCCCACAGCUCCCAAGAUGGCAAAAUUCACCAGCUGCUAUUCAACGACAAGGGCGUCAUUGCCCUCGGUUCGCGUAGCGUCCACAUGGCCAUGCGACGCGGUCCGCCACUAUGGAACAUUCGACACGAGGCUAUGAAAGACUUGCGAUGCAUGACAUUUACCUCCAAAGGCACCGCCGAGAUCAUUGUUGCCGGCGAGCAGGACAAGAUGCUUGUCAUUGACGUGAACAAGGGCGAAGUCGUCAAGGUCAUCCCCGCUGACGCCCACUACAAGAUCAUGAGGCGGAGUCGGUAUAUUUGCGCCGCCACCACUGGUUCGGCGGUCCAUAUUUUGGAUCCUCUGAGCUUCAGAGUCAUGAAGACUUGGGCUCCUCAUGCCGGGAUUGUCCACGACAUGGAUGCCCAGCACGACUUCAUCGUGACCUGUGGCCUUACCUUGCGCUCCGGUUAUGCGCAACCACAAUACAUGUGUGACCUCUUUGUUAAUGUCUUCGAUCUUAAGAAUAUGGUUUCCAUGAACCCAGUCCCGUUCCCGGCUGGUGGUGCUUAUGUGCGCAUGCACCCGCGCAUGUCUACAACCAGCAUCGUUGUAUCUCAGCAUGGCCAGAUCCACGUCGUGGAUUUGAUGAACCCGAAUUCAACCAAUGUUCGGCAGACGGGCCUGUUGGUAUUCCCAUCUGCAUUUGAUAUAGCGCCGUCGGGAGAAGGUAUGGCUCUGGCCGAUAAGGAAUGCAACAUUCACCUCUGGGGUGCUCCCUCCAAGAUGCACUUUGCUGAAGUCCCUACGCCAAUUGAAUGGGCUGAUCCUGAAACGCCAACCCCGGAUGUGGACUGGGAUGAUAAAACACCAUUGAGCACAGUCGGAAUGCCCUAUUAUAGGGAGGUUCUGCUGUCGGCAUGGCCGUCGGAGGCGGUAUAUGAAGUUGGUGCAGCACCCCCAAGAGACGAGCCCGCUUUCAUGACAACCUUACAACGUAGAGACUGGGGUUAUUAUGGCAAGAAUACAAGGGGCCUGCGCCGAAACCAGAUCGAGGAUACCCGAAGAUUGCAAAACACGAAAGAAUUUGGCCUCAUCAACAAGCCGAGAUUCCUCAGCGAGCAAGCUCGUGACAUUGCACACUCGCCGGCAGGCACACCAGCACCUGAAGAAGUACCCAACGAUCCUCUCUCAGAGAUUACCAACAACCGAGCAUUGGAAAGCCACAAAGUUAGCGUACCCGAGUUAUACCAAAGUAUCGACAUACAGUAUAGCAAAUUCGGCAUUGAUGAUUUUGAUUUUGGAUUUUACAACAAGACAGCGUAUGCCGGUUUGCAGAACCAUAUUGCGCAUUGCUAUGCAAAUGCCUUUCUGCAGACCAUGUUUUUCACGCCCGCUCUACGGAAUGUAGCUCUUCACCACACGGCUUCUCGCUGUUUCGACGAUACCUGUCUUUUGUGCGAGCUGGGCUUCUUGUUCGACAUGCUUUCAAAAGCAGGCGCCGCUCCUUGCCAUGCUUCGAACCUCUUGAAGGUUGUCAGUUACUUUCCGCAAGCUGCCAAUCUGGGCUUACUGGAUAAUCACCCGCAUCAUCCAUCGCGAUCCAUGAUGUUGCAGCAAUUCGCUCGCUUCUUCUUGCCUCAGAUCGUUGCCGACCAUUACAGAAUGGAGCAUUCAGACGCCAUGAACACGCUUCUCAAGACAGACACAACAACCAACAUCAGAUGUCACGUUUGCGGCGUAGAAGUGAGCAAGUCAGCGCCGUCAUACUUUCACGAGUUGAACUACAGCUCGCCCAGUAAGCCCGGAUCACGGCACGCAAAGAGUGCUCGGGUCACAUUCUCCCAGAUUCUUAAGAAGAGCAUUGAGAAGGACCAGAACGCCAAGGGCUUUUGCCACAACUGCCGGGGGUACAAGAUGCUAAGUAGUAGGCGGGUCACUCAUGAGAUGCCUAUCGUGCUCACGCUCCUUGCGCACAAUCUCAAUGACGAGGCACGGAGGCUCUGGGCUACUCCGGGAUGGCUGCCAGAUGAAAUAGGAGUUAUCAUCACUAACAAUGGUGAUUUCUUCUGUUACGAGGGCGAAGAGUUGAAGUCAUUGUUGGAUAGACAGCAACGCGGCCAGCUGCAACAUCGUAUGAAGGUGUAUUCUCUCGCAGCCCUAGCUGUAGACAUUGACACUGGUCUGAAGGACUCACAUCUCGUCACAGUGGCAAACGUCGCUCAUUCCGCAGAAAUCGCGCCUGCCAAGAAUCAAUGGCAUCUCUUCAACGACUUUCACGUAGUUCCGGUGACGCGCGAAGAAGCUCUGGCCUUUAACUCUUCGUGGAAAUUGCCUUCAAUCCUUACAUUCCAGCUGAAAGACUUCAACAACCACAUUGACCAUAGCUGGAAAGAAAAGUUGGACGCGAGUCUACUCUACCAUGAUAUGAAACCGGACGUCUCUGAGAAGACAUAUCGAACCUUGGAUGAAGGCACAGAAAAGGUGACAACAGAUACAAUCAUUGCUAUUGACACUGAGUUUGUAUCAACCUCGAGCGCCGAAAUCGAGAUAACUUCCGACGGUGAUGAGAGGACGAUCCGACCAACGGUGCAUGCAUUAGCAAGAACAUCAGUCCUGCGUGGAAAUGGCCUGCACGAGGGCGUACCGUUUAUUGACGACUACGUCCACAUCAAAGACCCAGUUGUCGACUAUCUAACGGCCUAUUCAGGAAUUGUGCCAGAGGAUCUGGAUCCAAAGCGGACGAAGCAUACUCUCGUUCCAUUGAAGAUUGUCUACAAGAAGAUGUGGAUACUUUUGAACCUAGGGUGCAAAUUUCUCGGCCACGGCCUCAAGCAGGAUUUCCGUGUGAUCAAUAUACACGUCCCGCGCGAUCAGAUCAUUGAUACUAGCGAUUUAUUCUUUGAGCCAGCUAAGAAGAGAAAGCUGAGUCUACAGUUUCUUGCUUGGUUUCUUCUCAAGGAAGACAUUCAGCUAGAGACUCACGAUUCGAUUGAAGAUGCAAGAACGGCUCUUCGAUUGUACAGAAAGUACCAGGAGUUCACCGAUGCAGGUGUUUUCACAUCGGUACUCAUGGAGAUAUAUCAGAAGGGGUUCGCUAUGAACUUCAAGCCGCCUUCCAAGCAAGGCAACUUGGCGGCCAAUGUUCCUAGAACCGAUACACCCCCGAUCGAGGGUGGCGGUCCAAGUACGCCUAUUCGCAAGUCUGGCGCCGGUAUUGGUCUCUUUGGUGCGAGUCCCGGUUGGAAGGAAAGCCCUGCUUCGUCGAGACUACGAUGA